AUUAAACACAAAUAUUAUUCAUCAAUUGCACAAUAUCAAAAGGCAUUGGCUUGUGAAGCAGAAAAUAAAUAUGGUGAAUGUGUUGGUCGUUUGAAUAUUGCAGAAAAUUUUGCAAAGGAUGCAAACAAACUUGGCAAUAAUUUUGUUUCAUCUUUUUCUCCAACAAACACACCUACACUACCCCCUGAAGCUGCAACUUCUUUACAAGAUCUAACAAAAUCCAAUCUUGCUCUUGUUACAGAAAAAAAAAUUUCAGCAACUCGUGAUAAUGAUUUAGUUUAUCAUGAAGUUGUACCACAAGAAACUAGUAACAGUAAUAUGAAUCCUAUGAUGUCAAUUACAGGAACUAGAUCUGUUUAUCCAGUACCUGUUGCAUCUCUAGCAUCAAUAACAGGAAAUGGUAUGCCUGCUGCAAAACGUGUUGCACUUGCUCCUACAACAACAACACAACCUAUUCAAAACAUCUAUCCUAAUUUAGCUCAAAAUCAACUCCAAUUAGCUCAAAAUCAACUUUAUGGUAGUAGUGGUAAUAGUACUUUCUCUAAUCAAUUGAUAAAUACUGUAAGAACCGCAAACACUCCUAAUUAG